CAGCUGACCGUGCGCGUGACGUACACAUGUUCUGUUCACUUCCUGUUAACAGUGCAUGAGAGAGAGAGAGAGAGAGAGAGAGGUGACGAUUCGGUUUCUCCGGUUUGUGUAAUGAGUUAACGGGCGUGGCUGAGUCGGAGUCGGGGGGUGGGACUUUGAAAGAUGCCGUCCAAUAAGAGUGUGUCUGAUGCCCCCAUCACUCAGUUUGUCAACUGUAGGAUCCUCAGAGACCACCGUCUGGAGAGAGAGGACCUGUGGGUGCGUGAUGGAAAGAUUUUGAACCCGGAGAAGCUGUUCUUCGAUGAGCAAGGUUUCGCAGACCGUAAAGUUGACUGCGGGAAUAAAAUCAUCGCGCCUGGAUUCAUAGACGUGCAGAUCAACGGUGGGUAUGGCAUUGACUUCUCGCAGGCCACUGAUGACAUCACAGGUGGCGUGGCUCAGGUGGCCAAGAGGAUUCUGGAACAUGGCGUCACUUCCUUUUGCCCCACGCUGGUGACGUCUCCUCCGGACAUUUAUCACCAGGUGAUUCCUCAGCUGAAGGUGAAGGAAGGAGGAGCAGAUGGAGCUGGAGUACUGGGUCUUCAUCUUGAGGGCCCGUUUAUCAGUGAGGAGAAGAGAGGUGCUCACCCUCCUCGGUUUCUCCGCUCGUUUUCGAAAGGGGGCGUGGCUGACCUGUUUGAGACCUAUGGGCAGCUGGAGAACGUUGCCAUGGUGACACUGGCACCAGAACUCCCUAAUAGCGGGCCAGCAAUCUGUGAGCUGGCACGAAGGGGCAUUGCAGUGUCACUGGGUCACUCCAUGGCUGAUCUGUCUCAGGCUGAGGAGGCCGUCCUGAACGGAGCGUCGUUCAUCACACACUUGUUCAAUGCCAUGCUACCUUUCCAUCACAGAGACCCGGGCAUUGUGGGAUUGCUGACGAGUGACCGUGUGCCUGCAGGUCGCACUGUGUAUUACGGUAUGAUCGCUGACAGCAUACACACACACCCGGCUGCACUGAGGAUCGCACAUAGAGCUCACCCUGCAGGAUUGGUGUUGGUGACGGAUGCAGUUCCAGCGAUGGGGCUUCCUGCAGGCCGACACACUAUGGGACAGCAAGAGAUUCACAUACAGGGACUGCACGCUUAUGUAGCAGGAACUAAAACAUUAUGCGGCAGCAUCGCCACCAUGGACAUGUGUGUGAGACACUUCAAACAGGCUUCUGGCUGCACAGUGGAGGAAGCGUUGGAAGCUGCGUCUCUGCAUCCGGCUCAGCUGCUGGGGAUCAGCCACAGGAAGGGGACAUUGGAGUGCGGCACAGAUGCAGAUUUCGUUAUUCUGGACAACUCCCUCACAGUCCUGGAGACGUACAUCGCUGGGGAGCUGGUCUGGAGGAAGUGACCUCAUCCUGAGAACUCUCUCUGAUUGGACGGAUUUGACCCCUGAGUAGUGGUCAUGAGGGCAUUUAAAUGGACAUAAAGCACAUACAGUAUACACACACAUGCAGUAAUUCCCUUUUUACCUGGAACUUCUGUACACCAUGAAGGUGUUAGUGUUUAGACCUUUCACACUAUUAAAAUAUUCACACGUUUAUUUUUA